UUGGUCAGAUAGGACACACAGGGAUACAGAGUCCCUAAGCACAUUGUUUUGUACAUGUUACAUUUCUGUUCAUUUUUUGUAAUUGCUAUUUUCUACCUAUGGCUACUUUCUUUCAUUUAUUUAUGUGUGUGUGUGUGAGUGUGUGUGUGUGUGUGUGAUUGCACACCUUAAUGGUGUGCUAUCUUGGCCAGGUCUCCCUCAAAAAAAUGAUUUUAAUCUCAAGGGUCUGGUUAAAUGAAGGUUAAAUAAAUAAAUAAAGGAACUAGAGACAAUUAAAGGAUUAUAUAGUCCUCCCCUCAUUAGCAAGGAGGGAUUGAAUUGGGGCAGAUUCAACUGAAGUAGCUGUUCUGAGGUCCCAUAAUGAUCUAAACUUGCUGAAUGUCUGUUCUGAGAGCCAAACCUUUAUGAGCAAUGUGUGAGUGCGAGAGGCAGAGAGAAAGGGGAAAUUGUGUGAAUGGCUUCAUGAGUGUGUUCAUUGCUUAAGAACCUAUCGAUCGGCAGCAGCUUUUGUUCAGGCGGCGUAACUACAUGGUCUUGGGAGGCAGAAAAAGCCGCAGGCAGUAGGCAGAGCAGGUACAGCAGACGGCUGUAACUUAUAACUCCCAGGCUCCUCUGGGACUUUGACUCUCUCUGUGUUUAAAGGUCUGGGAAUUGUGGUUAUUGUUCUCAGCUGUGUGGUCACCACCAUCACUGGCCUUUCCAUGUCUGCCAUUUGUACUAAUGGUGUGGUCAGAGGAGGAGGAGCCUACUACUUGAUAUCUCGCAGUUUGGGACCAGAGUUUGGCGGGUCGAUUGGCCUAAUUUUCGCCUUUGCCAAUGCAGUGGCUGUAGCCAUGUAUGUGGUGGGAUUUGCUGAGACUGUUGUCGAGUUGCUUAAGGAUAAUGCUGCCAUCAUGGUGGAUGAAAUAAAUGACAUCAGAAUCGUUGGCUGUAUUACAGUGGUGUUGCUGUUAGCCAUAUCAGUUGCUGGAAUGGAAUGGGAGGCCAAGGCACAGAUUGUUCUACUCAUUAUCUUGCUGGUGGCCAUAGUGAACGUAUUUGUAGGAACAGUCAUUCCUGCAACCGAUGAUAAGCAUUUCAAAGGCAUCUUCAAUUAUAACUCGAAAAUCUUCUUAGAGAAUUUUGGUCCAGAUUUUCGAGAGGGUGAGACAUUUUUUUCAGUUUUUGCCAUUUUUUUCCCCGCUGCAACCGGAAUCCUGGCUGGAGCCAACAUCUCUGGCGACUUGCGGGAUCCCCAAGCAGCCAUACCUAAAGGUACCUUGCUGGCCAUCCUGAUAACUGGUGCCACCUACCUGGCUGUGGCCCUCUGUGUCUCUGCCACUGUUGUCCGAGAUGCCACAGGAAACAUAACUGACCUCGUUACUGCUGGAGUACCAUGUACUGGUUCAGCAAUAGCUGCUUGUGAGCUUGGCUAUAAUUUCUCUUCCUGUGCAGUAGAAAAAUGCGGCUUUGGCUUGAUUAACAACAAUCAGGUGAUGACCAUGGUAUCUGGGUUUGGUCCCCUCAUCAUUGCUGGAACGUUCUCAGCCACUCUUUCAUCAGCCCUGGCUUCCCUUGUCAGUGCUCCCAAAGUCUUCCAGGCACUGUGUAAAGACAACAUCUACAAGAUCCUGCACUUCUUUGCCAAGGGAUAUGGCAAGAACAACGAGCCAAUCCGUGGCUAUGUCCUCACAUUUAUUAUUUCUGUGGCCUUCAUUCUCAUUGGUAAUCUCAACACCAUCGCUCCUAUCAUCUCAAACUUCUUCCUGGCAUCUUAUGCUCUCAUCAAUUUCUCCUGCUUCCAUGCAUCCUACGCCAAGUCUCCAGGUUGGAGACCAGCAUAUAAAUACUACAACAUGUGGCUAUCACUGAUGGGUGCAUUGCUCUGCUGUGUUGUUAUGUUUGUUAUCAACUGGUGGGCUGCUCUACUCACAUAUGGCAUUGAAAUCCUCCUCUACAUUUAUGUUACAGUCAAGAAGCCAGAUGUGAACUGGGGCUCAUCCACCCAGGCGGUGACAUUUGUGAGUGCAGUCAACAACGCUCUCUCUCUGUCUGGUGUAGAGGAUCAUGUCAAGAACUUCAGGCCUCAGAUCUUAGCACUGACAGGUUCAGCACGGACCAGACCAGCUCUCCUAGACUUGGCACACUCCUUCUCUAAGAACUAUGGACUCUGUCUCACCUGUGAAGUGUUUGUGGGCCCGAGGUCAGAGGCCCUGGAAGAGAUGAACGCUGGCAUGGAGAAGAACCAGCUGUGGCUUAGGAAAACCAAACGCAAGGCAUUUUACGCUGCUGUGGCCUGUGAGGACUUCAGAGAAGGGACUGAGAGCCUGCUGCAGGCUUCUGGUCUUGGCCGUAUGAAGCCUAACACAUUAAUUAUAGGCUUCAAGGGAAAUUGGAGGACUGCGGACACAGAGACAGUAAAGAGUUAUGUGGGAAUACUGCAUGAUGCGUUUGACUUUGAGUACGGGACAGUGGUGCUAAGGAUGAACCAGGGACUUGAUGUGUCGCACAUUGUUGAGGCAGAAGAGGAGAUGCUAAAGGCAGCAAGGGAGCAACAAGCACUGGACAAUGACAUGAUUCCGAAUGGAGGGAAAGCAAGAGGACUGUUCAGGAAGUCCAGGAAACCCUCUCAGCAAGUGCUCACGACCAGAGUGUCAGUCUGCGGCCCACCGCCCCCGCAGGUAGCCAAGAUGAAUGAGAGGCUGUUGGAGGCGAGUGCUCAGUUCAAGAAGAAACAGCCUAAAGGCACCAUUGAUGUGUGGUGGCUGUUUGACGAUGGAGGCCUUACACUGCUGCUCCCCUACAUCCUCACUACCAGGAAAAAGUGGAAAGACAGUAAAUUAAGGAUCUUCAUCGCAGGGCAGCCUGGACGCAGUGAGCUGGAUAAACAGGAGAUGAAGUCUCUGUUACAGAAAUUCAGAAUUAACUGCACUGACAUCAAUGUCAUUGAUGACAUCCAUGUCCAACCUCGCUCUGACAGCUUGAAGAAGUUAGAGGACAUGAUUGAGCCUUUCCGUCUGCGUGAGGAGUCUAAAGACAGUGAUCAGGCUGAAGCCAUACGGAGAGAGCAGCCCUGGAAAAUCACUGACGAAGAGUUGAGCACCUUUGAGGAGAAGACCAACCUCCAGGUGCGACUGAAUGAAGUGCUUCAGGAAAACUCCAAAUCAGCCAAUCUGAUCAUUGUGAGCAUGCCCAUUGCUCGUAAGGAAUCUGUCUCAGAUUUCCUCUACAUGGCCUGGCUGGACAUUCUGACAAAGGACCUUCCACCCACCCUGCUCAUUAGAGGCAAUCACAAGAGUGUGCUUACUUUCUACUCCUGAGGACUUUGAAAAACUGGUGUAUUUGGCGAAGGUACAAUAAAAACUAAUUUUCAGAUACAUCUAAAGCUUGUUAAUAUUUUGCCAUUAACCUGUUUUUAUCUCUUUGUCUGGUAUGUGCUGUUUCAUGAUAUCUUGCAGCAUGUUGUGAUUUGGCAAACAAUUACUUGUACUGUGUGAAGUUGCAGCCAGCUUGCCAGCAACGGAACCUCACACUGUACUACACUGUACCAGUGAAAACUUUUAACUGGUGCACUACACUCACAGUUCUCUAUGAAGGCUGUCAGUGAGGAACAAGACUAGUCUAAAUAAAGAAAAAGGCAUUUCUGACACCGAAUUUGUAAAUGUCAGACAGUCUGAAUGUGAAUGUAAGAGCAAAGUUUAAGCUCUUUGCAACAAUGGACAAGUAAGGAAAAAUGCUCAGAUAUUAUUAUAUGCAUAGAACAAAAACAAAAGCUCAUAAUUUGCGGUUAAAACAAAGUCAAAUCACACGUCUUCCUAACUUGGUCAGAUCAGUCCAAUGAACAAAGGCAGAGACACAGGCAGAGAUACUAGGCUGCUUUGUUACACUGCGUGACUGCGUUGCCUGCUGCUGUUAUUGUAAAAUAAAUGUAUAUAGUAGAUGUCUGAAUUCACUAGUGGAUAUUUUUUGAACAAAAAAACCUUUCAUGAAUGAUUAACAGCAUCCCUUCUUUUAAACUGUGGCAGUAAUGGUUUGAUUCUUUUUAAAACAUUAUUUGAUAUUUAAAAAAUACACUGCUAUUAUAAAGCUGUUUCCCUGCCUCAAAUUAUACUGUUUAAAUAUUCUUAAUGUUACUAUCACAGUACACUUUUGGUUUAAAGAAAUAUGAGUGAAAUAAACGAUUGUUAAGCCAA